AUGACGCCCGUUAUCGCCACGGAAGAGCUCGAAUGCGGUCGUAAGGAAGCCAACAAACCCAUUCCUUCGACACUGGUCGCGAUCGGACAUUUAAACGCUGUCACUACUUCCCCGACUUCCAAAGACCAUUCUGACAGAGAGAGUCAAGAGCACGUCUCACAUUCUUUGGAGUCGCCGCAAACAAUAAACCACAUCUCUCUGCCCUCCGGGGUGGCCUGCAGGGUCCGAGUUAGCGGCGCUUACAUGCCACCAACUAGUGUCCACCUCGUCUGCACUUGGGAGGCACCGCCCGAGUCGUCCAGCGCACUCACUUAUUGGCUUGCCAGGCGCUCCGUACCCUCUGCUCUUUCAAGUUCCCACACCUCUCUCUCAACCUGGGAUGGGGAAAGCACAAUGGCGCGAUGGGGAGUCACGGAGUCUGGCGUACUCGGCACUAUUGUCUGGGAUGUUGUCUUCCAAGGUCUUGCAGGAACAGCCAAUUUCGCAUAUUCAGUGUUUCUUUGCAACUAUCGACUCAUAAUUCCGCCCAGGUUCCACCGCAGCCAUGCGCAUGCGACGGCGCUCUGGCCUUUGGAUAAGUGCCUUUUCGAUUGGAAAAGAGACGACUUCUGGCCAUUUCUCUGCUCGUUGUCGAACCCAAUGACACAACAACACUACGAAUACGGAUACAACAACUCGUUGACAGAACCCGCUAAACUACCUAUGAUACUCUCUGGUAUUUCUUCGUGCCCUGUCAAUCUGUCGGUUGAAACUAUCAGGUUGCGCUUUACCAGCGGCAGCCAGCAACAUGUUUUCCAGAGUUCAACCGCUUUCUCUUCCAAUGGAAGAAGCGUGCUUGUGCCCGAGUCGAGUCGAGCCGAACUGCAGAUCCUGGACGCUAAGUCUACCUUUGGACAAGUACCUGUCGCUGCCGAAUUGACCUCCCUACCUGUAAGGGAGCGUCCCUAUUGUUGGCCCCGCGUUCCUCAAGCCUAUCUCUCGAUCCGACUAGCAUGGUUGCGAUACAAUCAAUACUGGGAACUUUUACCUCCAUGUGUCCCAUGGGGCCGAAAAGCAAAUCUGCAUCUGAACCAUCCGCUGAAUGCGACUGAGAAAAGUUGCAAAAAAGAGUUGGCCAAUGAGGGCCAUCCAUUUGCGACACUGGCGGCUCAGAUGCUUCAGAUCUACCUCGAUGUUACAGUUCCUCCUUGCUUCUCAAACAUCGGAUUGUUCGAUAAUGGGAGGACAGGCAAUAUGCGUAGUGAUCCAAAUGCAGCGUUCAGCCUUGCAGAUCUUUUCCUCGACGUUGACGCUGCGGACACCUCUCCUUCUUUCAACCUCGACUCGUCCUACUUACUACUUGAACAGUACGGAUACUAUUUGCUUCUUUCCGUCGCUGAGGGUUCUCCGCGCCCCGGCUCGGACAAGGACAAGCGAAUGCGAUGCCAAGGGCCCCAAGGUCGUCGUACGAACUUGAAACACCCCGACCAAAAACCUAGCUCAACUUUGGACGCUCGGUCGACAAGGGCUGCCCUGGCGCCCGCCGCGCUCCUCGGCCCCGAUCAACGGACCACCGGCUUCUGGAACGCGUCGAAGCGAAAUUUUGCGACUGCCAUGCGUUCUAUGGAGAUUCGAAAGCGCUUCUGGACGAUCUAA